UCAGGAACUCUUGGAACGACCUUUGACAGAUUGCCAGUAUGACAACCCAAACAACAGUGCCAACCACCUCUUUCGCCAUUCCGAAAUUUGCGCAGGACCUUAUAGCCGGAACCAUCGGUGGAUGGGCUCAGGUAGUAGUUGGUCAUCCCUUCGAUACUAUCAAAGUUCGCAUGCAGACACAACCUUCACCACCAAUUUACAAGAAUGCAGUUGACUGCUUUCAGUCUUUGUUCAAGGCUGAAGGGCCUAAAGGACUUUACAGAGGUGUGACAUCUCCUUUGGCCGGUAUCGGUAUCUGUAAUGCCGUUGUUUUCACUGCCAACGGUAACUUCCGUAGAAUGCUCCAGGGCAACGAUCCCAACAAAGAGCUAUCACUGGGUGAAAUUGGUCUCGCUGGUAUGGGUGCUGGUUUGGUAAUGGCAUUCUUCAAUUGCCCUGUCGAGCUUUUGAAAGUCAAGCUGCAAACCCAGAGCGCUGCUGGUGUUAUGGGUGCCAACGGACAAUUAGAACCUCCCUACAAGGGAGUCAUUGAUUGUGGUAUUCGAACCAGCCGAGCGAAUGGAAUAUUUGGUCUCUAUCGUGGUUUGGGCAUCACGCUACUUCGUGAUGUUCCUAGUUUUGCUUCCUAUUUCAUCACUUACGAAGGUCUUAAGAGAGUGUUCCAAGCCAUGAAGAAGGACCCUGAGAACAACCCACUUUCAUCGUUUGAGCUGUUGAUGGCUGGCGGUUUGGCUGGUUUCGGUGCUUGGAUUCCUGCUUAUCCCCAAGAUGUGAUCAAGAGCAGAUUGCAAAAUGAUCUCAGCUACAAGUCGGCCAGGCAUGUCGUGAAAACCAUUAUGAAGACAACUGGUCCCAAGGCUUUCUUCAACGGUAUUGGCCCAACCUUGGCAAGAGCGUUCCCAGCUAAUGCAGCCACCUUUUUUGCUUAUGAGACAGCAAUGAAGGCAAUGGCAUAAGUGCUAAGUCAGCUGCUGGCUCAGUUCUAUGGCCACGAUAUAGAUAUUACAUUGCACACAUCUAGAUCACUCAUAUAUAUAUGUAGAAUUUGCUUUUAUUUUGUUGCUCAAUUGUACCCUUUCAUUUCUGUCUUUUUUCUUCAUGCCCUGAUUGAGUU